CUCUGUAGUCCAAGCAGCAUUGCUACGCUGGAUCGGAGAAGCGUACAAUCGACGAUGCACUAGUCUAAAGAUUUGCAGGAAAUUUUGGAAUUAUCAGGAAGAUUCUAUACACCGACAUCAUGCUCGAAUAUGGCUGUUGAAUCGACAACCAUCAUCAGUACGAACAAGGGUAGCAGAAAAGCUUCAGGUUGCGAUUGUCGCGGCGGAUGCGCUACCGCCAGGGUCGCGCCGCAUCUCGCUUCGACAUCAUGGACGCGUCCCUCAAUGUUGGCCAGCCUUGCAUUACGCCUCUACUGUUUCCGCCAACUUUGACCUUGCAACGCCAAAUUCCGAUGGCUUUCGCGGUCGUACCUCCUCCUCUACACGUUUCGUAAAAGUAAAAAUCCACAAUGGUGCGAUUGCUGGUUCCUGAAGGCGAGGGACAACUGCCCUCCCUUCUCAAACCGCCUCCCGCCAUUGCCACACAAAGCGACCUCAUCGCAGCACCAUGGAGAGGUUGUGUAGGCGCUGCGGUCGUUACUGGCAGCCUGGCUCUUGUCGGCCGCUCCCGACCUGGCGUGUUUCUCAAGUCCGCCGCCUUUAUCAGCGCCGUAGACCUUACCUGGACAGCAUCUGGGAUAUACGGGCGCCAUGAAUUGAAUCGAGGUGUGUUCAAUAUGGAGAACAUACAACCCAAGCCUGGCAAGCUAUGGGAACAGACAAAGCAUUGGACUUCUGAAGAUAUGGCAUUGGUUGGUGGAGCACUAGGAAUAUUCAUGGCAUUGAAUCCGCGGGCUUUGCCAGGUGCCUAUGGUUUCUCACGAUUCUUUGGAGCGGCUAUGGUUGGAUCUGCGCUUAACGUCAAGGUCAGCCAAUCCGUGGAUAGGCUCAAAUAUCCCCCAACACUCCUCCAGCUCUUCGAUCAGACGGUUACUACGGCUCGACAAAAGGAAUAUGAAAAGCUACAGAACGACGAAAGGGCCAAGGCAUCCCUCUCUCGAAUCGGCAAACUCGCACUCUGGUACCACUCAUCUUCGUUAAUGGGAGUUCUCCGCAGCCCUCUGCAAAUUGGGGCAAUGGGUGACAUGCCUGGUGGACCGAUUCAAGUGGGGCAUGGAGGGAGUUCCGGGCCUGGUGGUGGCUCAUUGGCUGCACUAAAAGCUGAAAUGGAGAGAGAAACUGUCAUCCAGAUCCAGUUUAAAGAAAACGAACUUGAAGGACCUGAUGUGGAAAACGGAUAUCGUGCGUACAAGGACGAUCUCAAGUCACGAGAUGCGAGCAAAGUACAGGAUUGGUUAGAGCAAGUCCAGGCUCUCAAAAAGCAGGUGGGCGCCGAGCUGCAAUAUGUUUGGCCGCACCUUGCGCAGAGAGAAGAUGAGUUUUACCAACAUGUGCAGGAAGACAGGGAGAAGGAUAUCAUUCGUCGAGAACUACAGCUGCUCAACAACAUGGCUUCUGAUCUGGUAGUUCGGUAUGCGGCCCUUGAGUAUCAUGAAUACGAUGCGCAAAAGCAACUACAACAGGUUACACAAGCAGGCUCCAUGGGCACAGAGCUAGAUGUAGUUUUCCAGGACGUCACAAAGUCGUACAAAACGCCCCAACAUCCAGCUGAAGAUAUCCAAAUGAGCUAUCACGGUCCGAGAACUGUAACGGAACGAAUACGCACAACCUGGUCAAGACAAAAGGAGUUACUACGCCAUCUGGACCAUAGUAUCACCCGGGUUAGAGCCUUCGAGCCCGAGGAAGGGACUCAUGUCGCUGAGCACGUCAAGCGUCUUGUGCAGGAUGCCGAGAUGAUGGGACGGAACAUCGAGGCCACUGAGCGAUUGUUGCAAUGGUUUGAGGAGCAAGUACGACAGGCUGAUGAGGUAGGAAAAGACGAUGCUCGUCGAGACGGAGCUUGACCGAGGUCCCUUGAUUCCUGAGCGAGGACUUCCUUCGUUCUGCAUGUCGCAUGACGUUGCAUGCUUCCAACAAUCAACGUUACGAUGGCUGAAUCCUGUCAAGGCGCGCGCGUCGAUAACAUUCAGCUCUUCCGAGGUCAUUUGAAGUCAGACACGCAGCAUUUGCAGUACAUAAGAUGUAGAAUGAUAUGAGCAUAUUAGCGAAGCAUCGUCCCAAUUCGAUAACUGUCCUGCUUAUGAAAACAUCAUAGGUAGGAUGAAUAUGUAUUGUGGAGAAGACAGGUGAAGAAAUAGCCACACAGUAUGCUCUAGAUGGCUCAACCAAUUAGCGAGCGCUCAUGUUUGCUGGAUUUUCGGAUAGAGUUGUGAAUCAAUUGUUCGUGACCAGCUAUGUACAAGAUGGGUAGCGAACG